AUGCGACCCGACGAACCGCCUGUCAUUGAUUUUAGUCCAUUCUAUGGCACUAAUGAAUCGCAAAAAUCGACUCUCAUCGAGCUAUUACGACAUGCCUGUGAACAAUUCGGAUUCUUCCAGCUCUUCAACCAUGGUAUCACGGAGAGCCUCCAACAAGAUGUCCUCCAGCAAAGCAAGGAGUUCUUCGAGCUCCCCUUGGAAGUAAAGGAGAAAUACAACAAAGAUAUCGACGGCUUCAACCGUGGCUACGAACCCCUCCGUUCGCAAAACUUCGAAAAACUAGGAAAAGGCGACCUCAAAGAAGGCUUCUACAUGGGCAAACACCUCCCCUUCGAAGACCCCUACGUCCUCGCCAAACGAUUCGGCCAAGGCCCAAACAAGUACCCCGCGGAGCUCCGCGACCCGAAAAAAUUCCAGAGUGUCAUGGAAGAAUAUCAUGAGAAGAUGACCAAGCUAGCGGAGAACCUUCUCCAGGUUUUGGCAGCGACGCUGGACCUGCCGAGCACCUUUUUUGAUGAUUUUUGCGAGCAUCCGGUUGCUGCGUUACGGCUUUUGCAUUAUCCGCCGCAGGAUGUUGCAGGGGAGGUUGAGAAGGGAAUCGGCGCCCACACAGACUUCGGCGCAAUCACAAUCCUCCUGCAGGACAGCACCGGCGGUCUACAAGUAUGGAAUAACCUUGCCACGGAAUGGGUCGACAUAACCCCUCUCCCGGGGGCGUACGUCGUGAACUUGGGUAACAUGAUGAUGCGCUGGACGAAUGAUCGCUAUUUGUCCAAUUUGCAUCGGGUGAGUAACAAAGAUGGUCAUGAGCGUUUUAGCGUGCCAUUUUUCUUCUCCGGGAACCCGGAUUAUAUCGUGCGGUGUUUGCCUAGUUGUGUUGAUCACACCGCGGCUGCAACGGGGUCCAGCGGAGCUGAUACCGGGGCUAAGUAUCCCCCUGUCUCUGUGCAUGAUUGGAUGACGGGCAGGUUUGCGGAUACGUAUAACUCCGGCGAGAAGGGGUUCGGGGAUCUCCGUGGGAGUGUUGUUGCUGAGAUGAAGUAG